UCAGCCAAUCAGUGGCCAGCGAUGUGCAUUUCAGUAUGUUAGACCUUACUGCUGUUCUGCCUAUAGGCCUGCUUUCAAAGGGUUAAUUCCACAAGCGCCAUGUCAGACACCAGCCGGGUGUUGGGUGGCGCUGUACCCUCAUUGGACUAGAUCAUGUGACAUAGGGGAAGUUCUAGACCCUGCUGUGGUUGCCAGCCCGAUCAGCUGUGCACCACUGUUGUCACGCUGUAGUGAGCGGUGCAGGGGGCUCACGGGUUUCUACCACCGAACUAGUACACUUGUAGCCCUUCUCACAAUCCUUUAGAGAGGGCUCCAUUGAACAGAAAAUUGCCGCCCUUCUAGAUUCUCAUUUGGAGGCGGGCAGCGGGGGCUAACACUGCCUUCACUAGUGCGAAUUGGUCAGGUUUGGGCACCGCCAGCAGGCGUUUACUAUCUGGAGCCGCGCAAGCGUAGCGCUUUCGCCCCGCCCAUGCUCGCGUUUGCGGAUUGGUAGGUUGGAUCACGUGAUCAAGCCUCGCCUCUUCCUGGAGGCUGGGGGCCAGUCCGCAGGCUUGUUUCCGGUUCGGUAGGUCCACGAUGACGGAGCCGGGCGCCUCUCCGGAGGACCCUUGGGUCAAGGCAAGCUCCGCGGACGCGCACGCCGGCGAGGGGAGGGCGGGUCGGGCUCGUGCACGUAGGGGGUCCGGAAGACGCGGGGCUCCCCAGCUAUCCCCAGAGUCUCCCCUGCUGUCCGGUCCCCGGGGCUGCAGAGAAGACAGCUCUCACCCGGCGUGUGCCAAGGUCGAGUAUGCCUACAGUGACAACAGCCUGGACCCUGGGCUUUUUGUAGAAAGCACCCACAAGGGGAGUGUAGUGUCCAGAGCUAAUAGCAUCGGCUCCACCAGUGCCUCUUCCGUCCCCAACACAGAUGACGAGGACAGUGAUUAUCAGCAAGAGUCCUACAAGGAGUCCUACAAAGACCGGAGGCGGCGUGCUCACACUCAGGCUGAACAGAAGAGGAGGGAUGCUAUCAAGAGAGGCUAUGAUGAUCUUCAGACCAUCGUUCCUACCUGCCAGCAGCAGGACUUCUCCAUUGGCUCCCAAAAACUCAGCAAAGCCAUCGUUCUACAGAAGACCAUCGACUACAUCCAGUUUUUACACAAGGAGAAGAAAAAGCAGGAGGAAGAAGUAUCCACAUUGCGCAAGGAUGUCACAGCCCUGAAGAUAAUGAAAGUGAACUAUGAGCAAAUUGUGAAGGCACAUCAGGACAACCCUCAUGAGGGAGAGGACCAGGUCUCUGACCAGGUGAAGUUCAACGUGUUUCAGGGCAUCAUGGACUCCCUAUUCCAGUCUUUCAAUGCCUCGAUCUCUGUGGCCAGCUUCCAGGAGCUGUCAGCUUGUGUCUUCAGCUGGAUUGAGGAACACUGUGAGCCACAGACUCUUCGAGAAAUUGUGAUUGGCGUCCUCCAUCAAUUGAAAAACCAACUCUACUGAUGGCUCCUGGAAACCUGCAGGGCAGAGACCUUUAAUCUGUUUGGCAGUAGAACUGCUGGGCCUAUGAGACUGGACUGUAACACCUCACACCGGUCAGCUGGCUUCUACUUGGUGUUUGGUUUGCCUAGCCCUACUUCAACUUCACUGAGGCUCUGCUCUGUGAAAGCUUCUCUUAAUUUAUUGCAUUGCCUACAAUGUUGGACCCACCCCAACCUUCCCCUUCCCAGGAAAAGUUCUAGGACAAGAAUCUGUUCAGGGAACCUCAGGGCCCCCUCAGCCCUUUCUCUCACCAUCGAGUUUCUGCUCACUAUACAUAUAAUUUGGAAAUUGUUUGCCUCUGCUUGGUCUCUUGGGCAACACUUGGCUCAAGUUGGGGUAUUUUGGCAGUUUUUGACGUGGAAAAAAGGAAGAGAAAUUGUCCCAUGGCCAUGAAGGGUAAAAGGCCACCUUGUGCCUAGGCUACGGCUAUGUGGUCAGUACUGAGUCAGGCCAGGGCUGUCAGCUUGGGGUAGGGCUACCAGGGUCCUGCUGUCCCCUCACAUUCAACAACCGACUGGAUGCUAGAGGAAGCAAUGUCCUAUCAGCUCUUGCCCCAUUUCUUCCCAAAUAACAAUAGUGCGUUUUGGUAUAGUUUUCUAAAAUUCUGACUGGGCCUCUAAAGCACCCCAGCCUUUUCUGUGUAAUGUACCUGUAUCUACCGCCUCCAGUGUGUUGCCUGCGUUUCUCCUAGGACUUGGGGAUAGCUGCAGAAGACACUCAGGUUGUCUGGGGUAGGCUUGGGGAUUCUCAAAUGUUGGUGUGUGACAACCUUUCUGUACUUUUCUCUCCCAUGUUCCCUUCCCCAGGUUUGAUAUCUGGGGGGUUUGAUAAUCCAGAGAAAAUUAAGUAUUUUUAUAUCAAAUUAUAUUACAAUAAAUAUUCCAUAUACUUUC